GCUAGGAGACGUGCUUGUGUGACCCCUGCCUCGCGAGGGCGGCUCGGUGUCGUCGCCCCUGGCCUCGAGAACUUGCCUUGGGAAGUGGCCCGAAGGCCAGGAAGGGAAGGCCUGGUCUGAGAUGCCGAUUUGGGGCCCAUCUCAAUCUUUGCUGAAUCGCUUGGAUCCCCGAAUAUAAAUAGGAUAUUACCAGGGGCUAUUCUGGGGAGAGAGGCGUCAAGCUGGGGAAGGUUGACCCAAACGAGGGCCCGUACAAGCUACGGAGACUUUCUAGGAUACUGAGAACUAGCUUCUUACUGCCUCGAUUUACAAAUGAGAGCGAGAACGGAGGCCUUGCUCGGUGACUUCGAGUCCGGAAGAAAGUUAAAAUGUACAGUUAAAGUUAAAAUGUAAAUCAGGAAGGAAGAUAUCCGCAAGUAAGACAAUAGUACCGGAUGAAGUGGUAGAAGAUGGGGAGAGGGCCACUCUAAAAUGGGGUAGAGCUCUUCAGAGAAGGCCGGGUUUCACAGAGAUUCGAGAAAAGAAAGAAGCUAGGGAAUGGACUGUCUAGGUGGAGAAAAGAGCCAACCGACAGGGUUCUGAGGAAGGAAACGGCGAGAAAGCCAGGUUGCUGGAGCAGAAAAAACAAGGGCCAAAGUGGUCUGUGAUGGAGAAAUGGCAGGGCCUGAACAAGCACAGCAUUUUAGCCCAAGGAUGACAACAGCAACACGACAAGAAGUUCUUGGCCUCUACCGCAGAAUUUUCAGGCUUGUGAGGAAAUGGCAGGCGGCAUCAGGGCAGAUGGAAGACACCAUUAAAGAAAAACAGUACAUAUUAAAUGAAGCCAGAACGCUGUUCCAGAAAAACAAAAAUCUCACAGACACAGACCUGAUUAAACAGUGUAUAGAUGAAUGCACAGCAAGGAUUGAAAUUGGACUGCAUUACCAGAUUCCUUAUCCACGGCCAAUUCAUCUGCCUCCAAUGGGCCUUACCCCACUACGAGGCCGGGGACUUCGAAGCCAGGAAAAACUGAGGAAACUUUCCAAACCAGUAUAUCUCAAGUCUCAUGAUGAGAUUUCCUAACCCAGAAGAAAAUUUAUUUCUCAGAAUGAUGAGCCGACUAGAUCUUGAAUGUAAACCAGAUGAUGAAACCCUUCUCUUCGAUUAGGGGUAAAAAUUUAAAUAUCUUCUUAAAAACCUCUAAAAUAUUGGUAUUCAUCCCAAGAUCUGUGCUCACUCCUCCUGACACUUCAUCAGGGUCUUGUUGCCUAAAGUGGAUGACACUAACCCUAGAGGUCAUGGACCUUAUAUACCCUCACUGAAGCAUCUUUGGAAACAAGGCCAAGGCCUGUAGAAGGAAGAUAAGGAUGACAAAGAUUUUCAUGGAAAUGUCAUUUGCCAGUCAUGUCAGCUGAUAGGAAGAAAUCAGCCAGCUGCUGAAAGUCUUCGUAGCUACCAUAAAACUACACUGCCUUCAGAAUAUUUUUUGGCUUCUUUCUCCCGAAUUUUUGCUUAAAAAACAAAGGUUUGCUUAAAAGUGGGCUUCUCUGUAUAUGUUUUGCUGUCUUUUGACCAUCCCAGUUUCCAGAUAAACUACCCUUAAAAAGCGCAUCAUUGGAUUUAUCGUGGUUUUUCAUGGAAAUUUUACAUGACACCCUGCCCCUGACAUACACAUACGUAAAAGUACUUGUCUUAGGUAAAUGCGUAUGUUUACUUUAUCUUAAAGCCUGUGAUUACUUAGGAUCCACUUAGGAUUUGAAAGGCUUACUUGAAACUCAUACUGCAUUCAUUAUGAAUAUUUUAUCUUAACAUAAUUAGGAAGUACAAGGGCCAAGCUGGUUUUCAAAUUAUGUCUAAACAGCAAUGGCACAAAGAGAAAUCAAAACACAAAGGAUUUAUACUUCUGCAUGUGUGGAAUCCCAUGGCAAGUCACACACACCUUGUUAACAUUCCUUCUGACUUCCAAAGACGAUGAGCAUCACCAAUAAAAACAAAUUUUCAUCGAU